AUGCCUACACUACUACCUAUCACACCUAGUUCCAAAACAACUAUACCACUAUCUAACCCAACUACUCAAAAUGGAAUCACUCAAUAUCAAAGUAUAGGUACAGGAUUUUAUACUCCUUAUAAUCAACCACCACAACCAAUUGGUACUGGUCAUCCAGGAAUUGAUGUAAAACAAAGAAUAAUAAUGGCUUUAAAAUCAGGUAUACAAUCAGAAACAGAUUGGGCAUUAAGUGAAGUAGCUAAAUAUAGUACAUUUUUAAUAUUUGAAAAUGAUUCAUUUGUAGCUAAUGAAUUAAUUAAAUGUAUGACAUUAUUAUAUCAAUUAAUUAAAGAUAAAAAAUAUAAUUUAAUAAAUCAAAAUAUAAUGCGUCAUAGUUUAGAUGCUUUAGUUACUUUAAGAAAUUCAGCUCAAGAUUUACAAAACCAACAAUGGUUAUCACAAGUUCCUAAUUUUAAAAAACAGCUUACUGAAAUUUUAAAAUUUUUAUAUAAUUGGAAUUAUACUGCUGGUUUCAAAAUUUUAGAAUUAAUUGAAUUUGAUGAUGAAUUUUAUGAAGCUUUAAUAUAUGUAUUAGAUUUAAUUGAACCAUUAACUUGUUAUUAUAUAAAUAAUAGUAAAAAUGAUGUUUUAUUUCAUACAUUAUUUCAAAUUUUAACAAUAACAAAAGAUAAAACAAUUUUUAUAACUUCAUUAAAAUGUGUAUCUCAUUUAUUAAUUACUUGGGAUAAAUCUGAUCAAACAAAAGAGGAAGAAGACGAUGAUCAUGAAGAAGAAGAAGAACUAAAUUCAAAAAAUAUCACAAAUAAUUGUAUUGAUUCUAUAACAGAGGAUCAAUUACAAACAAUAAUAAAUACUUUAUUAGUAGCAGAUAAUGAAUUAAAUUAUGCAGUUUUAUAUUUUAUAAAAAUGUAUCUUUUUUCAAAAGCAAUAUAUCAAGAUUAUUCUGUGAAGGAUUCACAAAGAUUAAGAUUAAAAAAAUUAUUACAAUUAAAUACAACAAAAAUCAAUUUAGAAAUAUUAUUAAAGCAACUCCCUUUAUUAAUAGUUACUGAUUUACCAUUAAUUGAACCAGUAGAAUUAAAAUUAGCACCAAAUACAGAAUUAUCAAAAAGAUCUUCAAAUUCUGGAUCACCAACAACUGCACCUGAAUUAAAUGAAGAAUUAUAUAAAAUUUUAAUAAAUUUUCCUGAACCUGCAAGAGCUACAACAUGGUUACAUUGUUGUUAUGAACCAACAUUAACUGAAGAAUUAGAAGUAACUCAAAUUUCAAUAUGGAAAGCUUAUGAAACUCAAUUUAAAGAAGUUUGGCAAAAUAAUGAAAAUAAUGAUAAAAUUCAACCUAUAUAUCAUCAAUUAUUACCAGCUGUUGAUUUUAUAAAAAAUGUAACAAAAGCAUUUCCAAGAGCAGAAGCAAAAGUAUUAAAUUUAAAUACUGAAACUUCUGAAGAUGAAACUCCAAAAAGAAAAUUUAUUAUAAGAGGUAUUAAACCAAGACAAUUUCCAGUAAGUAUAGAAAAGGGGAAUUAUGAAGCAAUUCGACCAUUAAAAGAUAUUGAAACAACAACCACCAAAAGUAAUAGUGAAUUACCAAUUGGACACAUAAAUGAAACAAAAUUUAAACAAAAUUUAAAUUUUCAAUUUAUAAAUUUAGAUAAACAGAUUUUAAAAAAUUCUUACCAGCUAAAUCUUUUAAAUUUAAUUAGUCAUAAAAUUUUAAAAUAUAUAAUAACUGAAGUAUUAGAUAAAGAAACUUCAGAUUCAAUACAUUAUGCUUCAAAUUUAUUUAAAUUACAUAAUGAUUAUUGGUUACCUGAUUUAAUUUUUACAAAUCCUGGACUUUUACAAACUGGUAUUAUUGAAAAUGAUUGGUUUAAAUAUCUUAUAUAG